UUUAGCUUUUGUUUUGGAAAGCUACGAGCCACGGUCGCCAUUAUUCUUCCUGGCUUGACGUUCGAGAAAUAAUACAUUUAUUUUACUUUUCUUUUAUUUUUAGGCAAACAAAACACUUUCAUUUUUUUCCAGUAAGUCGUUUAUUUCCUCUGGGAGUUUGCAACACUGGCCGGCGGCCACAGAAUGGAGAGGCGGUCCGAAGGUGGCGGUGCCGGAGGGGCUCUCCCACUGGCCUCCCUUCGACUGAUGGUGUCCCCGUUGCAGUUGGCGUAUUCGUUCAUGUGGCAAGUGAUCCGCCAGAGAAACGUCACGCAGUACAAGAAGGUGGAGGAGUUUGUCACCAUGGUGACGCAGACGGUUCCGGAGCUCAUGAGUUUCAAGCAGACGGCUCAGCUCGUCUUGGGCUUGCGGGCGAGGAUAAUUUUGGAUUUGCUCCAGGGAGAAGGCCAACCAGACUCUCGCACGAUUCAAACACUCAUAAAUAAACUGAAGAUCCCUGCAUCUACACGGGACUCGGAAGUGGAGAACUGUCAAACCAACUUCAUGGUGCUGGUCCAGAAUCUGCUCAAAAGCCCCACGGAGAGGAAGAUCUUCUUUAAGGAGGUGUUUCCGGUUCAGUAUGGCACAAAGUUUGACACGGCGCUGCAGACUCUGCUCGCCGGCCUGGUGUGCAAGUUGGAGCAGCUACUUCCUGUUCCCAAUCUCUCCCAGCUCAGUUCCAUGAUUUCACAACCCACCAUGCUGGAGGCAUGUGGGGGCGUCAUUCCCGAGGGGGGCGACCUCAAGUCUCUCCUGCUGUACCAGCAAUCCAAAGGACUGCUGUCUGGUAAAGCAACCAUCUCGUCUUCAGUGGGCGACUGCGUGCUCUCGUCCCUCGCCUUCCGACCCAAACCCGUCCAAGCUCCUCCUCCGCAGCCGCCGCCGCCUCCCCCUCCUCCUCCCCCGCCGCAGCCCGUGCUAAGCCCUCCGGUCACGAGCCCGCUCCCACUCGGCGACAUGUCAGAAGACUCGGACGACGCUGAGGUCCUCGUCACCGCCUCGCAUGUUGCCAUGGCAGCCAGCAGCGAAGCGGUCCCAAAAACGCCAGUUUCCGAGGCGGGGCAAAGUAAAGAAGCUGAGCAGGCAGCGCCGGCAGAUAAGUUGGAAGCGCCGCCGGCGCCCUUGAAAUCCAUCCCCUUCAAAGUGGUGCCGGUGAAAACGGCGUCGCCCAGUCCCACCGUGACGAAGGACGGCCAAAAGCUCCAAACGCAACGCGUCACCCUGCACCAGUGGGUGUCGCAGAUCGCCACCAACACCAUCUCCCUCCCGGCCUUGCCGCCGCUGCCCCUCGAUAGAUUCGGCGAGGAAGACUACUCUCAGCCGAGCAUCCGCAGGAAGAAGCAAAUCCGCCCGCCGGCCGACCGUUUCAACUGCAGCAUGUGCGACAAGAGCUUCCCUUACCAGUCCAAGCUGAUGGACCACGAGCGCAUCCACACGGGCGAGAAACCCUUCGCGUGCACCUCGUGCAGCAAAAGCUUCCGCACUCAGGCUUUCCUCAACAACCACUUGAAGACCCACAGCGCGGCACGACCCUACGCCUGCGGCCAGUGCGGCAAGUGCUUCGCCAAGCUGCAGAGCUUGACCAAGCACAUGCUGGCCCACAGCGGCCAGAAGCCCUUCUACUGUGAUAUCUGCAACAAGGGCUUCACCCAGUCCACCUAUUUCAAGAGGCACAUGGAGUGCCACACUAGUCAGAUGACCUUCCCGUGCAAGCACUGCAACAAAAGCUUCCCAACCGCCUUCAAGCUGGCCAACCACGAGCGCUGGCACACCCGGGACCGCCCGCACAUGUGCGAGCGCUGCGGCAAACGCUUCCUGGUGCCCAGCCUGCUGAAACGGCACAUGGGGUACCACAUCGGCGACCGCCAGUACCUCUGCUCCCAGUGCGGCAAGACUUUCGUCUACUUGUCGGACCUGAAGCGACACCAGCAGGACCACAUCCCCAAAGCUAAGAUCCCUUGCCCCGUGUGCCAGAAGAAGUUCUCCAGCAAGUACUGCCUGAGGGUCCACCUGAGGAUCCACACCCGGGAGCGCCCCUACCGCUGCUCCCUCUGCGAGAAGAGCUUCACCCAAGUGGGCAACCUCAAGGUUCACAUCCGGCUGCACACCAACGAGCGGCCCUUCAGCUGCGACGUGUGCGGGAAGACGUACAAGCUGGCGUCGCACCUCAACGUCCACAAGCGGACUCACUCCUGCAAGAAGCCGUGGACGUGCGACACCUGCGGCAAAGGCUUCACCGUGCCGGGCCUGCUCAAGAACCACGAGCUGGUGCACCUGCGCGAGGCCGACCCGGACUUCGCCGCCAAGCGGAAGAACAGGGGCAAGCAGAAGAAAAACACACUCAAGAGGAAGUUUGACGAGGAGGAGGAGGAAGGCAUCGACGAGUUUUAAAGAAAUACGCCGGUGCCUUCGGAUACCAGCCGUCAACCGUGUAUUGAAGACAUUUUGUCCAGUUAAAACGUUGUUUUAGUCUAAAAACAGUAUCCUCGUGAAUUAAUCAGAAAAGCCCUCCUGCUUUUAUCCAUCUCCAAGGGCGGCCAUUUUGUUACUGACACUUGCCGUCGACUAAAGAUGACAUCACUGUGCCAACCAUCACGGCUAAGCUGUUGUCUAUGUUCGGUCAUGUGACUUUUGCUAGCUGAGCCCUUCGGCACUGUGAUGUCAUUUUCAGUCGACCGCAAGUGGAAGUAAAAAAACAAAAUGUCCGCCCCCGGGAUGGAUAAAAACAGAUGGAUUUUUCUGUUUCUAAUAUUAAUUUUAAUACUGUGUUUAAGCUAGUGGGGGGGGCACAUAGUAACAUUGUAAAGAUAUUCAUUGAAUUCCCUUUUGAUGCUAACGCUAAAUACUUUUAUUUUGCGGUGCUUUGAGCGGACACAAAGAUUGCAGCACUUGCGUCUGUAUUAAAAUAUACUUUAAAGAUUUAUUUUGUCCGAGAACAGAUGGCAUUUUCAUUCAUUUCAAUAGGAAUAGAUUGAUUUAAGUUACGAGUGUCUAAGAACAAAUUCAAAUUGUGUGACAACACCGCUGUAUUUUAUAUAAAUCCAGCUGAGGACGUUAAAAGCUUUUCCAAACAUGUCAGCCAGCAUACUAACAUUUCUUUUUACUUUGCUCAUAAAUAGUUUUCCUCUUCUAGCAACAGUAUUUUUGUACGCAAAUAUUAAUCCGAAAGGCAAGUGUGGCUAUUGAUUUAAAAAAAAAAAAAAAAAAGUGGGCUCAAAAUGUUUUGGUGUUGUUGUAUUCCACGGCAUGCCACUGUGACAUUUGUUGUAUUCUUAACAUUUGCAUAUAUUUUUUGUUUUUUGAAACGUAGUUUACUUUCUAUUAAAGGGGAUUGCGUUAUUGAUUACAAGUGUACCCUAACUCUAGUUGUCAUAAUAUUAUUUUUUGUUUUUAAUGCAAAUGUGGUGAAAUUGUCACAUGUCUGUAAACCUCAGUUAGAGCAUUAAAAGCUAUAGCGAAGGAUUA